AUGAAUAAUACUCGUCCCUCAUAACUUCCAGCUGCUAAAUCCACUCCAUCAUAAUUACCAUAGGGUGGCUAAUAAGUGCCUGAAGGAUAUUAACCACCAUUGGGUUGGGUUCCAGCUUCUUCAUAGAUUCAACCUGGAACUGCGAAUUAAGCUCUUCCAUUUUAACAAACUGGAUUAAUUGCAAAUCCACAAUAUUUGUAACAACAACCAUAUGCCUAAUAACCCGUAAUUCAAUCAAGUGGCCCAGUAGUUACUUAAGGAAAUGUUAUAAAAGGGGAAUCAAGAAUAGAGUAUAUUCCUUAUACAAAGGAGGUGACAGAAUAUGUAACUUAGGAAGUUGUUGAAUAUGUUCCUAGAGAAAGAAAGAUUACUGACUAUUAUGCAGUUGAAUACGUGACAGAACACAUUCCUUAAGUUAUUUAAGAAAAAUAUAUUGAGUAUGUUCCCGUUGAAACAAUAAAAGAGAGAACAGAAUAUUAGGCAGUGACUAGAUAGAGCGUAAUAUAAUAACCAAUUGAUUAUUAAUAAAUAUAGACAACCUAAUAAUAUUAAGUGCCAGCUUAAAUUCAAUAUGCAACCACCACAACAACAAAUUAAUACAUUCCCGCAACGUAAAACCAAUUUAACACAGUACCUGUGACAACAUCCUAAUAUAUCCCAUAGUAAAUUUCUUAUGGACAAUUACCAACAGCUGCUUAUGGUUAAUUACCAGCAACAACAACUACUUACGGAUAAUUGCCACCCCAGGUUAAUUAUGGUUAAUUACCAGUCACAACAACAACUGCCCCCUAUGGAUAAUUCCCACCAACUACAACAGCAGCAUAUGGGUAAUUACCAUCAAAUGCAUAUGGUCAAGUGACAACAACCACUCAAUAAUAUUCAACUGGAUGGCAAUAAGUAUACCCAUCAGCUGCAGGUAAUGUUCAACAACCAUAAUUCUAACAAUAAUAACCCUAGUAAGCAAACCAAAGACCAGGAUAGAGUCCCAAAUAUUAAUGA